UGGAAGUGAUGUGAACCUCAUACUACAUAACAAUGUCCAUUACGAGAUGAUAUUUGUCUUUUUUGAGUUUAGGAGUGCAACAAGCCAUGCUAUACAUUGAGGACUGGCCGAUCAGAUGAGAUGCUGAAGUAGGAGAGACUGAUGCAUGGUUAAAUGGACAGUGUGUGUUAAUCAUGUCUUAAACAACUUCCUUAGAAUAAACAACACUCUCACUAAAUUAAAUGCUGGCUAGCGAUAGCUUUUUGCCCCAGACGAGGCUUGCAACAUUACAUUUCAUUUCUAAAUUGAGCAUAAAAUGUAGCCUAUAUAAACUUUCUAACUUUGUUAAUUGCCUUGUAUGCAUGCAUUGUGUAGGCUACUGUUCAUGUAUUUUAAGAAUGAACAUGUUCAAACAACAAGAAAGACAAGAGCAUCAAUACACAGUUUUUUUCUUUUCUCUGCUUCCCGACAGAAGCGCAUUGCGAAACAAAAGAAGAAAAAAACAUGGACACGUUAUCUCGUAAUUAUGAUGUCAUAAUUACAAGAAAAGAGCUCACAAUUAUGAAAAAAGAUCUCGUACAUUCCAGAAAAGAUCAGGAUCUGGAUCGUCUGUGGUUUCUUAUGCGAAUACAAUGAGCUUCUGUAAUACAGUAGAUUAUUUAGUAUCUAUUUAACAAUUGUUUUUGUGCCCUUGCAUGUCCUUAGUGGCGGCCCUGCACCUCAGCGACGCAUCUUCGUCACUCGGUUCCAACAUCUUUUUCACACGAUGGAAAUGCCACCGCGCCCAACUACACAGGGGCUAAUAUGAGGAAGCCUGUCGGUGUGCACGACCCAGGAAGGCAUCAAGCUCCUGCUGACUCUCUUUAAAUCCUCCAACUGUCCCAUCAUGCCUUGCUCCCAAUAGACCCCUGACCCUGACUGCUCUCAGAACCACACGCUACGACGCACGCAGUCGCUUACAGACACCCCAAGCAUCCCUUACACACACACACACACACACACACAGUAAAGAUGGGCCUGGACGUGGCGCUACACGAGCCCCUGAUGGAUGCGGGGUGUAAGCGGCAGCGGUACCUGCACGUGCGGAGGAAGCUGAGGCCGUUGCGCAUCGCUGGCUUCAUCCUCAGUCUGGCAGCAAUAAGCACAGUCCCUUUUGCUUUCGGUGCCUUCCCGUCAGUCUUCGGGACGCGCCAUUCGGAGGUCUCUUCCUCCUCCUCUUCGUCCCCGUUGGGUGGGGCCCUCGUUCUCCUCGCCGACUCAGCUCCACACAGGACUCUGCUCUCCACCGACCGCCGGCUCCCGGGGGAGAACGCCUCGACGGAGGAUACGCCGGUGGCCAUGAGGUCGUCGGCAGACGGCAACGAGUCGGGCGAGUAUCCCGAGGACCUGUUCAGUCUGGCGGAGCGGCGGCAGGGCGCGGUGGUGCUGCACAUGAUCGGCAUGCUGUACAUGUUCAUCGCGCUCGCCAUCGUGUGCGACGAGUUCUUCGUCCCUGCGCUCACCGUCAUCAUCGAGAGGUUCGGCAUCUCCGACGACGUGGCCGGCGCCACCUUCAUGGCCGCGGGCGGCUCCGCCCCGGAACUCUUCACGUCCGUCAUCGGCGUGUUCAUCUCCCAUAGCAACGUGGGCAUCGGAACCAUCGUGGGCUCGGCCGUGUUCAACAUCCUCUUCGUCAUCGGCAUGUGCGCCCUCUUCUCAAGAGAGAUCCUCAACCUCACCUGGUGGCCGCUCUUCCGCGACGUCUCCUUCUACAUCCUGGACCUGAUCAUGCUCAUCGUCUUCUUCCUGGAUAACUACAUCAGCUACCUGGAGAGUAUUGCGCUGCUAAGCUCCUAUGCCACCUACGUGAUCUUUAUGAAGUACAAUUCCAAUAUGGAGUCGCUGAUCAAAUCCUGCGUGAACCGGAACCAGGUGGUCGAAGUGGAGGAGGCCCCGCCCAAGGCAACAAGCCCAGUGACUCCAGAGGAUGAGAACAAGCUAUCGGCAAGGCCUCGGCUCCAGAGAGGAGGAAGUUCCGCCUCCCUGCACAACAGUCUUAUGAGGAACAGCAUCUUCCAGCUCAUGAUACACACUCUGGACCCUCUUAGUGAAGAAUUUGCUGACUCUGAGCUUGGAACAUAUGGCAAGCUAAAAUACUAUCACUCAAUGAACGAGGAAGGAAAGUUCCGUGAGAAGGCCUCCAUUCUUCACAAGAUUGCCAAAAAGAAAUGCCAAGUAGAGGAUGCCAACGGAGUCAUGGAUAAGAACCUGCCCAACAGCUCCAGUGUUGAGGUGGAGGCCACGCCCCCAAUGAACGGCACCGCUGGACAGGACGGAGAUGCGGGUGAGGAUGAGGAGGAGGACGAUCAGCCUCUUAGUCUGGGCUGGCCCGAGACCAACCGCAAGCGUGCGGCAUACCUGUUCAUCUUCCCCAUCGUGUUCGUGCUCUGGCUCACACUACCUGACGUCAGGAAACAGUCGUCUAAAAAGUUCUUCCCGCUCACGUUUCUCGGGGCGAUCGGCUGGAUCGCUGCCUUCUCCUACCUCAUGGUGUGGUGGGCCCACCAGGUCGGAGAGACGAUUGGGAUUACGGAGGAGAUUAUGGGAUUGACCAUCCUGGCCGCAGGGACCUCGAUCCCUGACCUCAUCACCAGUGUCAUUGUGGCACGGAAGGGACUGGGGGACAUGGCCGUGUCCAGCUCCGUGGGGUCAAACAUCUUCGACAUCACCGUGGGGUUACCGUUUCCGUGGCUGAUGUGGUCGUUCAUCAACAACAUGUCCCCGGUGGCGGUGAGCAGCAACGGCCUGUUUUGCGCCAUCGUGCUGCUCUUCCUCAUGCUCCUCUUCGUCAUCAUCUCCAUCGCCGCCUGCAAGUGGAAGAUGAGCAAGCUGCUGGGCUUCAUCAUGUUCCUGCUCUAUCUCGUCUUCCUAGUGGUCAGCGUCAUGCUCGAGGACAAGAUCAUCAUGUGCCCCAUUACUGUUUGAGGACACCACACGCCCCCACGCCCCCCUCCCCACCCAUACUGUAAAACAACACACAAACACACCCAUUGACCCCUGAAAUCAACACCUCACUUUCCCAACCCCUAACUCCAAACAACCCCCCCUUCCUAAGCAAGAGAGUCAUCAUGGAAGGAGGAGGGUGGGACUGGGGAUAAGAGCGGUAUUUUAAACUUUUUUUGUUUCCACCAUAUUAUUUAUGUACUUGUCUAUUUAUUUAUUUAUUUAUUUAUCUAUUGACUUAAAUGUUUUUUAUGUCUUUUAUAAUUUCUGAAAGACCGCACGAGGGCAUGGCACGAUUGGCCUGACAUAUGGGGUCAAAGGUUACACAUGCUUUAAAUGAGUUUGAGGAAGGGAUGGGGGAAGGAGGAGGUUUUAGGUGAGAGUGUCCUGUGUGUGUGUGUGUGUGUGUGUGUGUGUGUGUGUGUGUGUGUGUGUGUGUGUGUGUGUGUGUG